UGAACCAAAGCCUAUCCUAAAGUCCCUCUCACUUCCCCCCCUCUUUACCAUCUUCUUCACCCUUUCCACACCCUUCCAUUCUUUCCUCGCCGCCCCCUUUUUGCUUUAUUCAUUCGCCUUUACCUUAGUACUAUCUGCUUGGCCGUUGUGAUUUUUAUUAGUCCAUUUCGCCAUUUAGUACAACACCACUUUCCACAAUGGCUUUCGAUAUUCGUGAUGAGGACGAGCACAACGAUGAAUUUGAUGAGUAUGAGGAUGUGAAGCAGCCCACCCGUCCAAAAUUCUAUCGUCGUCGUAAGUUCUGGAUCUGCUGCAUCCCCACUACCAUCAUCACCGUCGUUGUCGCAGUCAUUUUGGCACUCUAUGUCAUUAUGCCAAAGAUUGCCCAAGGUUUGAUGAACAAGUCGACUAUCAACUUAACACAAAUCGAUAUUACAAAUCCCACUCCAACCUCGAUGGACAUUGUGAUGAAAGGAGAGAUGCAAAACACAGGUCCCUUCCAUGCUGACAUUUCAUUCCCUGGCAUCGUCACUGUUUCCUGGGAAGGUAAGGUGCUCGGCACCACUCUGAUCCCCGGCACCAGCAGCGCUGCUGGUGGACGAGGUGAUUUGGAUCUGCAGAGCAGCUUCACUGUCACUGAUGAAGCUGCUUUUACUGAGUUUUCGAGCUUUAUGCUGAACGCCGAGUCCUUCGUCUGGCACCUUGAGGGUAAACUAAACGUGAAAGCUCUUGGCCACACUGUCAAAGAUCUCGACCUGAGCAAAGAUGUCACAGUCAAUGCAUUCAAGGGCCUGUCUGGUGUCACAAUUAAAAGGUUCUCGCUUCCUGGUGAUGAUCCCACUGGCAAAGGCAUUCUCAUCGAGAUCGAUACCGAGGUCAACAAUCCUUCAUCCAUCCAGAUGUACAUGGGUAGCCUGACACUCGCCAUCUCGUACAAGAACACCUUGAUGGGAUAUGUCACCUCCUCAGACCUGACCAUGAUGCGUGGCCCCCAAACUUUGAGCAUGAAGGGCGUCCUUAUCCCCCAGACGACCGCUGAAGGCCUUGCUGCUACCUCCGAGAUGAUGUCGCGCUACAUUGGCAACGUUGUAACCGAGACCAUCGCAACAGGCUUUGAAGUCAAGCCCGAUGGCGUGAACUCUGUUGAAUGGUUGUCGGCUGCUGUCAAAAACUUGAAGUUGUCUGUCCCACUCCAGAGCCCUGCCCCACUCCAAUUGAUCAAGGGCCUCAACUUGGGUGCACUGGGUUUAGUUUUCACUCCCCCGACUGCAUACCAACCUAUCACAACCUCCACUGGUGUCCUUGCCAACUACACCCUCCCUGAUGGUUUUGGAUUCAAUAUCGCGUUCACUCAGGUCGCCAACUCAUUUGCACUAAGCCGCAACAAUGUCGUCAUCGCCAACCUCAACUCGACUUAUAACCCCUCAUCCUCUGAUAUGGCGGCUGGCACCUUAACCUUUAAUCUCUUGGAGACACCUCUUAACGUCCCUGAGCCCUCCUAUGCCGCCUUCCAAGAGUUUAACCGUGACUUGACUGUUGGCUCCGAUCUCGGUUUCAACGUUGUUGGAUUUGCUUCUGUCUUUGCCAAUACCUCGAUUGGAACUGUCAACCUGGUCGACAUUCCUUUCAAUGCCUCGACCCAGCUCAGUGGUUUGCAGAGCCUUGCCAAUCCUGCUCCCACAAUCACUUCUCUUCAGGUUGUAUCUGGUACCGCCACUGACUUGACCAUGGCCAUCACUGUUGUGAUUGUGAACCCAUCUUCUAUCUCUUUGAGCGCUGGAGAUGUCGUCCUCGACUUGAUCUACAAUGGUGUGCGUCUUGGAACUGUGACAAUGCCCAACCUGGCCAUCGUCCCUGGUGCAAACACUGUCCAAGCCUCUUCAACAAUCGAUCCCGCAUCCUCACCUGAAGGCAUGGAGCUCUUGACUCUGUACACCAGUGGCGCUGGCGCUUCCGUAAGCAUUGUUGGCACUCCUAGCAGCACAGCCGUUGAAUCCCUCUCUCUUGCUUUUGGUGCCCUUAACAUUGGCUCGCAAAUGCCUGGCUUGGAGUCCAAGUUGCUUGCAGGCGCUUCCUUGGUUGUCCUCGACACUACUCUCGUCAACGGUAUUGCCCAGACUGUUGUAACUGUCAACAACCCCUUCGUUCCUGAUAUGAGCAUUUUAUCCAUCGACUCUGCGAUUACCUACAAUGGUGUUUCACUUGGUACAGUCGUUUCUUCAUUCUCUUCCCCUCCAGUGAUCCCCGGAGCUGGCCAGGGAACCAUUACUGCAAGUUUGGCAAUGAACACCAAUCCUCAUGACCUUGUCACCUUGAUCCGUGCUCAAGCAGUCAAGAAUGGUCUGAACACUGAUGCAUUCGAUGGCCUCCUUGCGCUCCAGGAAGGCGGCAAUCCUCCAUCAAGCUUGUUCGAUGGCUUCAAUGUUGCCGACUUUGUAAUCAAGGCAAUGUCUGGCCUUGCUGUCGAUAUUACCAUGACUACCACUGUCAAGCUUGGUGAUUAUCAGGUGACAAUGCCCUACACUCAGAAUGGAGUUCCUACUAGCACUGACCAAACCAUUUUGAAGCUUAUUCCUAUUGUCGGUACGCCCAUUGCUCAACUCUUGGUCGAGCGCUCUAUCCUUGCCUUUGAUUCAAUCAACAUCCUUGCUCCCGGUGAGACCAGCUUUCAGACAGAUAUUGUAGGAGCCAUCACAGAGACUGGUCCCUUGGAUGCUGAGAUCCAGUUCCCCAAGCCCGUGACGAUUGCAUACAAUGGCAAGGCUAUUGGAUCCAUGAUGAUGCCUACCGUCAAAGCCAUCGCAAACAAGGGUGCUGAGCUGGACCUGAAGGGCGUGGAGUUCACUAUCACAGACUUGGCAGCCUUCACCGACUUUAACGUCUUUGCAGUGAACAAUGAGAAGUUCCAGUGGACCAUCUCGACGGAUGGUUUGGUUGUUAACGCCAUGGGUGUCGCCCUUCCAGGAGUGACUAUGUCCAAGACAGUUACGUUGGAUGGAUUCAACAAGCUUGCGGGCUUAGAGUUGUCUAGCUACAUUAUCAACGCAAUUGAUGCUGCUGGACUGCACAUGGUUAUCAGUGCUUCCAUCACUAACCCUUCAACCAUCGGCAUGACCAUCCCUACCUCGAUUUUCAAUACUAUGUUCCACGGGAAGGUCCUGGGACCAGCUGUAGCGACGGGAUUGACCCUUGUUCCCCAUGGAAGCUCUAGCUUUGCCCUGGAUGCCACCAUCUCUAGCGAAAAUGGUGACCUAAGACCCUACCUGACUGGCAUUUUCCAGAACGCACUCGGUGGCGUCGCAACAGAGCUGGAUGCUCAAGGAGCAGGUGCCCCUGGAACUUCAUGGCUAGACACCGCGAUCAAGUCAUUAUUGCUUCAUACAUCUCUGCCUCCCCUCACCGCCCCACCAAUUGUUUCAGUCGCCAUCGAUGCCAUGUCCAUGGACUUUACAUGUGAAUCCUGCGUCUGGGCACCUACAGCCAUUUCAUCCAUCACAGCCAAAACUAAUCUCCCUUUCGCUAAUGGAGCCCCUAUCGUUAAGCUCAGCCAGAAUGUUGACAUCUUGGAUAAGAAUGGUGAGCUUGUCGGUAGGUUGAGCACGCCCUAUGCCGAUGCCGUUGCUUCUGGAGACACAGUCAAGUCUACAUCGCCUGCGGCCCCUCUGGUGGUUGCAGAUGGGUCUCAUGAAGUGUAUACGGCUUUCAUUGGAGACUUGAACGAAGCUACGACGUAUGAGAUGGGUCUUCGUGGAACAGCCGAUUCGAUCCUUGAUCUCGGAGCGCUUGGUCAGAUUGAGGUCAAGGGCAUCAAGUUGGAUGUGAAGACCUCACUGGAUGGCCUUCAAGGCUUGCAGCGCAUUGAAUAUGUCAGUAGUUUGGGCCUUAACCCCGUUAAUGGAGGCACCUUCAUCGCAAAUAUCGUCAACAUCUACAACCCGAGCAAGCUUACCUUGAAGAUCGGAGAUCUUAAUAUGAAGCUUGGACUUGACACCACACCCGAGCAAUAUGCCGGCGUAUCGACUAUCUUUGACCUGACAUUAGCUCCAGGUGAUAAUCAAGUCCCAGUGUCAGUGACGCUGACAGACACUGAUGCGGCUAAAUAUAUUGCGGGUAAUAUCUAUACGCAGGAUACCACCGUAACUUUAUAUGGUAGUACGACCAAGAACCCAGCAUUGGAAGCAGGAUUGAACCAACUUGUCACUCAUAUGGUUAUCGCACUGGGAUUGCCAGAGAAGUUUAGUAUAAUUCCAUAUAAUUUGGACUGGAGCAUCAAGGCAUCACCUGAGACUGCAACAGAUGGUUUGGUUGAUGUAACUGGCACAUUUAACAACCCCUACUUCGGUAGCAUUGUUAAUUUCCUUGCUUCUUUCGGUGACCCUGCUGAGUUUCCGGCUGGGAUCGACGGCUUUUUCACUCUCGCAACGGAUACUUCAUUGGAAAACCCAAUUUUCUCUAAUGGCUGGAGUGUGCUCGAACCUGCCCCUGCAAGUGAGUUCAAGUUUACAUUGAAGCCCGGUGAAUCUGCCACUAUAACGUACAAGAUGCGUGUGAUAAAAUCAAUGCUUGCUGGCGCCUCUGAAUACUUCGAGAGCAACGCCCAAGCUGGAAAGUCUUUCCGAGGCACUUACAAUAUGGGCCCUGUCAUCAGACUGGGCGACGAUCCCGUAAGAAUUAAUCCUUAUUGGGGCACCGAUUAUCUGUACCCAUCCCCAGAUUACCAGAGACUUCCCCUGCAGGUCACUAUGACUGCUCAGGACUGGGCUUAUAUGAAGCCUUAUGCUUACCCUGAACAAGCAAUCGCACCCACCAAUACAACUGUUAUUGCUACCCCCACUCCCACUGCCACUGCCACAGAGACGGCUACGAUCCCAUCGCCUGUGCCCACUACGACGGAUGAAAUCUUGCCUUCACCGACGGAGCCCACGCCUAGCCCUGUCCCUGAAGAGCCAGCUCCUCCAGUUGAGGGAACGCCAACGACAGAACCUACGACAGAACCUACGACACCUCCAACUCCUUCUGAAGAUGUGACGGUACCAUCUCCAUCACCCGAGAGUCCUUAAAUGAAAUAGGCUCUUUCAAUCCUCUUUUAUGACCUUGCUGAUACUUCUCUUUAUUUUGUUUUAAUCAUCUCUCUCAUCAUUUAUCAUACAUAUAAUCCCUGAUACCAUAAAGCGUUGAAUAAUAAUUUUCGACGAUAUUUAAUGAAAACAGUGUGUGAACGAC